GAUCCCCAUAUCGUCGAUCAAGGUCAUAUUCGGCACAGAUGGGGCUGCGCUGGUAUCCAAGGAUCGGCAGGUGUGACUGUUGCUGUUCACGGACUGCCUUUGGGUGGUGGGCCUGAGACCGCGACAGGGCAGAUAGAUUUGUUUGGGCUACCUUUUCAGGGUAGUGUGAGGGUUGGGAAGAAGGGUCUCUUUAAGGCGGGUUGGGAAGGAGUUUUAGAGCAUCUAGGGAUGUCACGAUAG